GAGCCGCGCGGCCGCCCCGCGCCUGCGCCGUGGGGGCGGGGCCGCCCGCGAGCCGGGGGGCGGCGGCGCCAUGGCCGGGCCGGCGGGGGCGGCGAGUGAUGUGGGAACCACCUGUUCUGUGUGAAGGACAAGGAAUAGACCACUUGAUAAAGGGAAGAAACAAAACAUCCCAUUAAAUGGAAGCCAUGAAGAUAUCAAAGCGGUUCUUCGCUUUUGGGAUUUUGACAUGCAUAGCUGUUUAUGUUGCAUACAUAAAAUGGCACUUGAGCUCCAAACCAUUUGUGGGAGUCACAGAAGGAGCUGCUGAAAGCAGGGGAGAUAAACUGACCCAUCAGGCAGUGACCACAGAUCUCUCUGUCUUUUAUGGAAUUAUGUUUGAUGCAGGAAGCACGGGAACUCGCAUCCAUAUAUUUAAAUUUGCACAGCAGUCAAGAGAGACUCCCAGGUUAACCCGUGAGACGUUUAAAGCACUGAAACCAGGUCUCUCUGCAUAUGCUGAUGAUGUCGAAAAGAGUAGCCAGGGAAUAAAAGAGCUCCUGGAGGUGGCAAAGAAGGAAGUUCCUAUGGAGCUGUGGAAGUUUACUCCUCUGGUCCUGAAAGCCACAGCUGGCCUACGGUUGCUGCCAGGAGAGAAAGCUCAGAAGUUGCUCGAAAAGGUGAAGGAGAUUUUUCAGGCCUCCCCCUUCUUUGUGAGGGACAAUUGCGUGUCGAUAAUGAAUGGAACUGAUGAAGGUAUUUCAGCCUGGAUCACAAUAAAUUUUUUAACAGGCAGGCUAGAUGAUCCACAGAAGAGAAGUGUAGGGAUGCUGGAUUUGGGUGGUGGAUCCACACAGAUCACCUUCCUUCCGCGCACCAAGGCAACUCUCCAGACAUCACCAUCUGGCCACACAACUUCAUUUCAGAUGUUUAACCACACCUACAAGCUGUAUUCGUACAGUUACCUGGGACUUGGGCUGAUGUCAGCAAGGCUCGCCAUUUUGGGAGGAGUUGAGGGAAAACCCUUAGGAGAAGGGGAAGAAUUGAUCAGCCCUUGUUUACCACCUGGCUUCAAAUCCGAAUGGCAACACGCUGAGAUAGUGUACAAAAUUAGAGGACAGAAGGCAGGUGAACCUCUCUAUGAGUCUUGUUCUAAUAAAGUGGCAAAGAUGCUCUACAAAAAAGUGCAUAGAGCUGGGGAAGUGAAGGACCUAGACUUUUACAUUUUCUCCUACUACUAUGACUGUGCGGCAGAGGCUGGUCUCAUAGAUAAAGAAAAAGGAGGAAGUUUAACUGUCAGUGACUUUGAAAUUGCAGCUAAAUACGUUUGUAAGACCAUGGAAAUCAGCCCUGGAAACAGCCCUUUUCUCUGCAUGGACCUCACAUACAUCACCUUCCUGCUGCAGGAACUGGGCUUCCCAAAGAGCCAAGGCUUUAAGCUUGCCCGGAAAAUUGACAAUGUUGAAACGAGCUGGGCAUUGGGAGCCACUUUUCAUUACAUCGACUCACUCAAUAGACUGCAAUACUAACACUCCUAGAAGGUGACUUUUUGAAUUUCUAUUUUUUGGAGGCCCAGCAUGAAGCACAUGAAGCACCUAUUGAAGGGUGUGCUUUUGGCUUCCAGAGUCCUUUGGAAGAUCACCAUGAACUACACUCCUUUCCUUCCAUCUCCUGCCAAGUCCCCACCAUUGCUAGCUCUUUUUUACAGUGAAGAGUGUAAAGGAGAAGCCUUGAUUUGACAGCAUGUGCCAUCAGCUUAAUGUAAAACUUGAUCAUUUUGGAAGGAAAACCAGGACUUUGCAGGACAUCUAUGAUCUCUAUGAGAAAAAUACAACUUUUUUGGAAUAUGCCUGUACUAUGUGCUCGCAGUGUGCUGAAGUUGCUGAAUGGUCACUCCAGAAGGACCUCUUUACUGUCCUGAUUUCAGGGUGUUUUUUUCCUGUU